AUGGGCGAAUUCUGUUUUUCGUUUUGUAGCUGGCAUGGUUUUUUGUGCAUUUCACUACUGUCUGUCCUAAAAGGUGAUUUGGGAUGUCCAUGUGCCUGGGCGGAGCUCGACUGGCAAUGGCAUUCUGGUGCUGCACAUCUGGACAGCGUUGGUUCGCAUGCCAGCACCCAACAGGGAAGUGUAUUGGGCAUGAACUCUGCACAAUUCAUGCAACAGAGGAGGUUCUUUCUAGAUUCUUUUUUCAGCUCUGCUUGCAGCAUGGUUUUGGUGCUGCUGUUUACAAUUUGGACUGAGAAGGGCUGGCAGCACACUCAGAUCGAGAUUGCCUCUCAGUGGUUGUUCGCAUUUCUGAUCAUUGGCAUUUGCACCCAUCCUUCUGCUGGACAGGGCAUUGUACCAGAAUUACCAAUAAGUGUUAAGCAUCCAAGUUGUCUCUGUCUGGCAGAUUCCUUUUGUUUUGUGUUAUUAGCUGCACAAGAGCUCAUGGAGUCCCUGGGAGAUAUGCAGUUUAUCUGCAUGUUAAUGUGGCCCACCACACUGCUUCCAGAUGCUAAUUGUGCUUGGGCACAAUAG